GUGUGUGUGUGUGUGUGCGUGUGUGUGCGUGCGUGUGUGUGUGGUGUGAGAUCAUCUCCUCCCCGCCCUGCCACGCAUGUCUCUCCGACCCCCCCUUCCAAAGCGGUCUCGCGACCAGAUCGUCGAUGACUUCCUCAAAGAUGUGACCGAGAAGCUUCAGGCUUCCCCACAGCAGGAGCGAGCCAAAUGGAAGCCAGGCAUGGUCAUGGCCAUGCGUAUUGAGAGCUUCCUUGGGCACGACCUCAUCCACGCCAACUUUGGACCAUCUCUCAACUUCAUCACCGGGCGCAACGGCAGUGGAAAGAGCUCCAUUCUGUCGGCCAUCAUCACGGUUCUCGGUGAACGCGCCACCGUGACCGGCCGCGCGGACUCCCUCCAGGGUCUCAUCAAGAAUGGCUUCGAGUCGGCCAAUCUCAUGGUGGCCAUCCACAACAUCGGCCCGCUGGCCUUCGAGCCUGAUGUCCAUGGGCCGAUCAUUGUCAUCCAGCGAAUCCUUCGCCGAGCAGCCUCGGGCAAGACCGGCGCCACCAGCCAAUACAAGCUCUACCGGCAGACCCGACAGGGUCCCGGUGCUCUGCAGUACUUUUCCCUGACGAAUGUCAAGACCGAGGCCAUUCAUCGGAUUGUGGACUUCUUCAAUUAUCAGACGUCCAAUCGCAUGGCCGUCCUGAAUCAGGACGAGGCCAAGCGCUUUCUCGUGUCCUCUUCUGCCAGCGAGAAGUACUCGAUGGUCAUGUCCGGAGCCAUGCUUGAUCAGACCAAGCGUCUGAUCGCGGAAUCCCGACAGAAUGCCGAGAAACUGUCCCAAAACAUCGUCAACGCCAAGGACCGGGCUGGAUCGUUCAAGCGUCAUCUCGAUGAGAAGCGCCGGGUUUUCCAAGCGCUCGAGCGCAUCGGCGAGCUACGUCACCAGUUGGAAAUGGCCCGGUACCAGGUGCAGAUUGUCGGCAAGCUGCAACGGCGGAAUAUCCUCAGCCAGCGGGAAAUGGAGCUGAGGUACUUCCUGGAUAGGGUACAGGGGUCGUCCCUGCGCGAUGAGCUCACCUCUCGAAUUGAGGCCCUCCUCCGGGACACUGAGGCCCUCCGGUCGGAGACCGACGCCGGCGGCGGCGGCGACGGCGGCGACGGCGGCGGCGGCGGCGGCGUUGCCCAGCGCCUGGAGCGGCUGCGUACGGAGAAGAUCCUGGCGCGCGACGAGAUUGCCAGCGCCGAAUCGACCCUGUCCAGCGCCCAGUCAUCUCUGACACGGGCUCGCGGCGAACUUGACGAGCAGGCCCGGCGCCUGGGCCAUCUCCAACGUGCGACCGAUCUGCACACAUCCAGCAGCCAGGCCGAUGUGGAGCAGCUUCGCCAGGAACUGGAAAGCUGCACAGAACGCCUGCAGCUGGCCCAAGCCCAAUUCAAUGAGGUGGACACCCACUACAAGGAGCUGUCCACGCGGAAGAACGAUCUGACGGCAGACUUCCAGGUGUCCUCGGACAAGAUGGCCCGCCAUCGGUCCAUGGUCGAGACAUUGACCCGGGUGGUGGAGCAGCUGCAACGGAUGGUCGCCUCGCAGGCAAGCGCCGCGUCACAGGGCGGCCAAUUGAGCCUUGCCGAGAAGGGGGCCUUCUAUCACCCGAUGUUCCGUACGCUGCGCCUGCCGGAGGACACCCUCGGGCCGAUUGGGCUGUAUGUACGCAUCAAAGACCGGCGCUGGUAUCCGGCGUUGGACCGGCUCAUCGGCCGGCAGAUGACGCACAUCAUCACCACCAAUCCGCAGCGCCUGCCGGAGCUCAGUCGGCUGAUUGCCGAAAGGCAAUACCGCGGCCAGGCGGUGUACUUUGGCGGGCCGACCGAUCGCCGGUAUCCGGUGGCCUCGCCGCUGGCGGACUUCCCCUCGCCGCUGGACUUCAUUGAGGUCACCCACAAUGCGGUGUUCAACUAUCUGGUGGACAUUGCCAAGCUGGACCGGUGUGUCUUCAUCGCCGAUGGGGACCAGUGCAAGGCAUACAUCGAGGCGCAUGGGCGCCAGCAUGGCUUGGCCGGGUUCACCAUGCAGGGCGAGCGCUAUGAUGCCACGCGUUCCGGAGGUGUGCUCUUCCAGCAUGCUGAGCGUAUUCGCUUCCAGAAUUUCCUGCCCUCCGAUGAUCCGGCCUCGCAGGGGCCCAAUGCGGCCGCCGAUGCGGCGGAGCAAAUCGAGACCAAUAGCCGGGCCUUGGCCCAAGAGCAGGAGCACAUUCGCACGGAACAGAGUACCUUCGAGUCGCUGCGCGCCCAGGUAGACGAGGCUGAGCGGACCCUGCGCUCGACACAUGCCGAACUCAAUGAGCACUAUCUGCGGAAGGAGCGCCUACUGCGCGAGGAAACGCACCUGCGUCAGCGCCUUCAGGCGGCCAGCCAGCUGUCGCCGGCCGAUGUGGCCAGUCAGGCCACACAGCAGCAGCAAGACCUGGAAGCGGCGCGCGACGCGGUUGAGCGACAGGAAGCGCGGCUUCGCCUCUUGGUCGAGGACACGGGGCGCCACGAGGCGGCCCUUGCUCAGGCUCGGGCCAAGCUGCGCGAUAUCGAUGAGCAAGCUCACCGGCUGCAGGAGCAGCAGCAGGAGAACCAGCGCGUACUUCGUGCCAAGGAGCUCGAGUUGGCUGCGGCCCGGACCCAAUUGGCCGAGCAGAUUGAGCGCGAAGAGCAUGACAGGCAAACCCUCACCCAGCAGCUGGGCGACUUGCAGCAGGAGCUUGGCACCCUGGGCCAGGCGAUCGCGGACCUCUUCCGGGAAAUGCCACACUCGGACUCCGGCAGCCAACACGGCGACGGCCAGGGCGGCCAAUCGGCGAUCGAUCAGCAGGCCGAGGAGCGCCUGCUGCUGAGCCGGUCGCAGCAAUCCUACCAGCAGGAUGUGGAGAACCUGGAGCAUGAAAUCGAGGAACUCCGAUGCACGGCCAAUGCGGAGGAUGCGGAGCGCUUGCGUCAAGAAAUCGCCCUGAUGAGCGAGUCUCACCAGUCGGGCGAGUUUCAGAUUGAGCGCCUUGAGCGGCUGUACCCGAUGCUCGCCGAGAUCAUCCAGCUGCAGACCGAUCGGGCCGAGCUGUUUAAGGAGCAAUUCUCGAUUGUCAUGCGCGGCAAGUUCAAGGACAUCCUGCGAAAGUGCUUUUCCCUGCCCGGGCACCUGAACUUCAACCACGAGGACCGGCAGUUGGACAUCGAGCUCCUGCCGGCCGAGGGAGCCACGGCUGCCGGAGGCCCCCUGCCCCCGGGCAGCCAGACAGUGGCGCACAAAAAGACGACACAGCUUUCGGGCGGCGAGCGGUCAUUGGCCACCCUGUGCCUGCUGCUGGCACUGUGGGGGUCGAUUUCCGGGCCGCUACGCUGCCUGGACGAGUUUGACGUCGGCAUGGAUGAGUCCAACCGCCGGCGCAGUCGUCGUGCCCUGGUGGAUGGAACGGCCGAGAUCAAGAAGCAGGUGUUCGUCAUCAGCCCGCUGGAUGUGGGUGUUGACACCAGCAAUCCCGAGGUUUCGGUCAACAUUCUGACCCUGGCAGAUCCCAAGCGGUCUGCCCAGGAGUAGGAGCCCUGCCUGCACCACUGAGGGGGGAUGGCACCCCAUCUCUCUUGUGAAUGCACACGCUCAGGUGCAUGGGAACCAUCAUGUGCCGGAAAAUAGAAGUGGUGCUCCGCCGA